AAACCCUGAGCUACACUCUGCUGCGGAUGAUCCACCAAUUACCGUAUUAUUCAGAAUAUAAGACGAUAUUUUUCUCAUGAAAAUGCACCUCAGUAAACGAUGUCAUCCUAUAUUCGAGCUCUAGACUUUUACAUGUCAAUACACCAUGUCAAUAACAAAAAUAGGUGGUGCCAAAUACAGGUAAACGAGUUCCCCUAGUCUGAAGCAACCUGAUGAACUACGGUCGUUUACAGUACCAGGACUGCAUGAUGGCGAGUGAUUGUCCAGAACAUAGCGGUUCAAAUGUCGGCCAAGUAAACCAGCAACUGAGGAGAGCUUAUGAUGCAAAUUUUAAACUUAUGGAUGACGCAGCCGAGUCAUCUAACAACUGUCAAGCAGCCAAGAAAUACGGCGUGUCAGAAUGUAAUAUCAGGAGAUGGCGAGCCCAAGAAGACAGUCUUAGAAAUGCUAAUAGUCAAAGAAAAGCUUAUUGCGGUCCUAAAAGUGGCCGCUUCGAAGAAAUUGACAGGCAAGUGUGUCAGUACGUAGCCGAAAAAAGAAAUGAGGGGCUACCCAUAACCAGAGCCGUCAUCCAGUUGAAGGCACUGGACAUCGCGAAAGAGCUGGGCAUACCCCCCACCGAGUUCAAAGCCAGCCUUGGAUGGCACAAUGGAUUAGCAUUACGACAUAGAACAAGUCUUGCAAAGCACCUGCCCUCCGACUUCACAGAGAAACUGUUGGCUUUUCAGCGCUAUGUGAUCGGUUUAAGGAAAAAACACUCAUAUCCCCUCGAUCAGAUGGGCAAUGCAGAUCAAACACCUGUGUUUUUUGAUAUGCCAACAUCUGUCACUGUACAUAAAAAAGGUGAGAAAUCAGUCAUUGUGAAAUCUACUGGAAAUGAGAAGAGCCGAGACGGGAGCAAACUUCCCCCGUACGUGAUUUUAAAGUGCAAGACGGUACCCAGAGAGGCAACACCCGCUGGAAUUAUCGUUUGUGCUCAGAAAAAAGGCUGGAUGGAGACUGAGCUUGUGGUGGACUGGCUUAAAGUGGUGUGGGGCAGACGAUGUGGAGCAUUCAGAAAUAAGAGGAACAUGCUAAUUUUGGAUGCUUUCCGUGGACAUGUGACUUCGCCGGUCAAAAAGCAACUGCGUGCAAUGAACGGUGACCUCGUCAUCAUACCAGGGGGGAUGACAAGUCAGCUACAGGUGUUGGAUGUUGUGGUUAACAAGUCAUUCAAAGAUAAUCUGCACAAGAGGUACACAGAGUGGCUGCUGUCUGGCAAUCACACACUCACGCCAUCCGGAAAAAUUCAAAAGCCCGCGGUAAGUCUGCUCUGUGAAUGGAUACUCCAGGCAUGGGCUGCAGUGCCAACGGAGAGCAUCAUCAACGGCCUCAAAAGAUGCUGUAUCUCAAAUGCUUUGGAUGGGCACGAGGAUGACAUUCUGUGGGAGGAGCUACUGGAGCCAGAGCAUGAGAGUGAUGACAGUGAGAGUGAACCGAGCGAGGUAGAGCACCUCUGUGAGGAAUAG